CGGAGGAGCAGCAUAAUUAUCAGGAAAAUGGAGACAUCUCUGAGGUACGGAGAUUCCAAAGUUCUAAGAAUCCAUGCGAAGGAAAAACUUCCAAUCGACUCCAACACCUACUUCCAGGUGCAGGGAGAGCUUGAUACAAGGAUUGGACAACCAAGUUCUUUGAGUGCCCUCAUAAGACAUUUCUAUCCAAAUUUAUCAGCUACCCUUGGAGUAGGAUUGCGAUAUGAUAAACGUGACAAGUUACGGUACACUGUACGUGCAAAGAAAACAUUUCCUGUGACAAUCGAUGGCCUGCUCAACUUUAAAAUUAAGGGACAGUGUGAUGUUGACAAAGAGUUUAAAGAGAGGAAGUCCAGAGGAGCUGCUGAGUUCUCAUGGAGCAUAUUCAAUUUUCAGAAGGACCAAGAUGUUAGAUUAAGGCUUGGCUACGAAAUAUUUGAACAGGUUCCUUAUCUGCAGAUUAGGGAGAAUAAUUGGACGUUAAAUGCAGAUUACAAAGGUAGAUGGAAUGUGAGAUUUGACUUGUAAGAAGAGCAGAGCUUUUUCUGUAGACAUGUUCUGAUUGUCAUUUUUCUGUAGACGCGUUCUGUUUCUCACCCGGACCCUAAGCCCCACCCGAAAAAAAUGGGGCCAUGCAUAUUUUUAUUUCGGUCAUGCGAAUUAAUUUGCACGAGGAACUAAAAGUGAAGUGCAAUACAGUUAAAAAUGAAGUUUGCAUAUGAUUUAAUAU